AUUAAUAUUCUAUUUAUUUUUAUAACAUUAUUCUGCCAGAGUCAGUAUCAGUUUCAAAUUUUGUGAUAUUGCUUCAAUAUUUUUUCUAUACAAUCAGAUAAAAUAUACACUUCGCACGGAUUUCUGCAACCGAUUGUAUAUCUAAAUGAAAAGAAAUUUGUCUGAAUAUAUUUGCUGUUUGAUUUAUUCUGUUAUUUUAAUGGCUACUAGGAAAGACAUUCUAGACUAUCUACAUAAAAGGGAUAAUAUCGAAAGAACAGUAAAUGGAAUUUUAAAUAAUAUUAUACCUAUAGAUAUCAUAAAAAAUGACAAAAAUGCAGAAAGUAAUAUGAUAAAAUCGACCGUAGACGUUGUACGAGAAAAAGAGGAAUAUAUGAGAAACAAACAAUUAUACGAGCAAGCAAUGAGGGAGUAUAAUGUAAACUAUAAUUCGACAAUGGUAGAUGAUCUUAUAAGAAACUACGGACUUGAUCGUGAUAUUUUCAACCACGAAAGAUAUAGAUAUUAUACACCUAGAGAGCCUUAUGUAUACAAUAGGAUGAUACGAAAAGAAGGCUUUACAUAUGUACAGGAAGAAUUAAUAUGGCAACAUUUAAAAUCGGUGAUAGAUAUAAAUUUAUCUUGCCCUUGCAGAACUUGCAUUUUGUUAGAAGCGUCAAAAUAUGCUUACAUACGUGCCAAAGAAUGGGAGAUAAAAUUGCAUAAAGAUUGGGAUUUAUAUAAAAGGGCACCAAUGAGAUGGGUACGAAGGUUCGAAAUGAGACACCGUGACGAAAUUUCUAACUUAUGCAGUAAGCUGUGUAAGAAGAGCUAGAGUAUAGCAGGAAUGAUAAACAAUUGUUGUCGAUGUUCGAUGGAAAAAUUAUUUUCGAAUUAUCAAAUGGUUCUAAAACAUUCUAUAGCCAACAAAUUUUUAUCUAUUUCAAUGUUAUAUUGUGAUGAUAUAUUAACACAAACGGCAACAUUUAUUUUUUAAGAUUUAGAUUUACGGUUUAAUGAACAAUUUUGAAUAAGAUUUUAAAGAAAAAACAACUCCUAUUUUUCUUAUAAAUGGCGAGUUUUUAAAAUAUUUGUAAGAUGCUUUUUUAUUAACAGAAAGAAAAAAAUAUCGAGAAACAUUGUUGUAAUUUAUGAACAUGAACAAGCUUUUAUAUGCUAUGACUAGGCUACAAUAUCCUUAUUAUUUUUGAACAUUAAUUAUUGUUGAAAAUAUCUCUAUGUACUUUAUUACGUUUUAAUGUGCUUAAACAAGUUUUUAAAUAGAUCUUUAAAUAUUACAAGAAAAGUAUAUAAGGCAAAUAUAGAAAAAGAGAGAAAAAUAUAGAAAAAGAGAAAGAAAAGGAUAGAAAAAAAAAGUUACAAUUAGUAAAUGAAUUCUUGAAUAUAUGAACUUUUUCUAUAUAUGUUAUAUGUAUUAUAUAUCAAUAAUUCAAAUUAUUCUAAAUUUAUUUCUCUUUGUUUCAUUUCAUCUUUGUAAUAUUUUAUUAACCAGUGUACUUUUUAUUUACCGUUGUUCACAUUGCGCAAUAAACGUAAUGAAUUGUUUAUAUUUGCCCAAAUAAAUCUAAGAAAUAACAAUUUAGUAGCUACAAUUUUCGAGACAUUUAAAAAAGCCUGUUCAAAUUAAGAA